AUGAGAGCGUGGCAGGUGGCCCAGCAAACAAUGCCGUCUCACCACAAAGAGCUCGUGCCUCAGCUGGCCUGGAUGGAGGUCGAUAAAACCACGGAGGAGAAGAAAAGAGUUCAAACGCUGAACAGAAACCUUUCAGUUGUGAGUCCGGAGGUCAGCUUGAAGCAGACACCCUUCGAGAGAGCCGUCUAUGACCUCGGACACAAGGAGAAGCUUGUCGAUGACAUCACCUUCGGCAAACGGAUUGGCUUUUAUGAGCUUCGCGGAGAAAUAGGCAGCGGAAACUUUUCCCAAGUCAAACUUGGCAUUCACGACCUGACCAAAGAAAGGGUUGCUGUUAAGAUCCUGGAUAAGCUGCGUUUGGACAAGCGCUCACAGAGGUUGUUCUUGUCUGAGAUACGCUGCAUGGAGAGACUGUCUCACCCCAACAUUGUGCGUCUGUAUGAGGUGGUCGAGACGUUUCGCAGGCUCCAUCUGGUGAUGGAGUACGCGCCUGGAGGAGAGCUGUACUCCAGGAUCGCCACCAGAGGACGCCUGUCUGAUCUGGAGAGUAAACUGGUCUUCUCUCAGAUACUGUCUGCUGUCAAACACAUGCAUGACAACAACAUCAUCCACCGGGACCUGAAGGCUGAAAACGUCUUCUACACCACCACAUACUGCAUCAAGGUGGGCGACUUCGGUUUCAGUGCUGAAUGCAAACCCACCGACAUCCUCACCACCUUCUGCGGCUCUCCGCCCUACGCCGCCCCCGAACUCUUCCGGGACAAGGGUUACAUCGGACCGCUGGUGGACAUUUGGGCUCUUGGCGUCCUGCUGUACUUCAUGGUGACGGCCACGUUCCCCUUUAACGGCUCGAAUCUGAGACGACUGCGCUUCUGCAUCCUGAGAGGAUCCUACGCCAUUCCUGCAUACGUACCUGACGUUUGUCAGUACGUGAUUAAGGGCACGUUGAGUCUGGUUCCCGCUGACCGCAUAUCCCUGGCGCAGAUCAUGUCCAGCGCAUGGUUGAGGGGAAUCGAGUAUCCUCAGCCGUACACACCUGCUCCUCCCACACCUGCGCACCUGGCCGAUGCUUCACGGACGCUUUCUGUUGAAGAGCGCUCGGUCAAACUCGCACUCGAGGAGCUGGGAAUCACAGAGAUUCACCUCAGGAACAAUGCGGUGCUGGACUCCCGAAGCCCGCUCACCGGUAUCUACCGGAUUGUUCUAAACCAAAUCCAGAGGAGCAGAUCUGUAGAGUCGGCGGGAUGCACUGCUCUCUGUCCCGCCAACACCCGUCCCGGCAGGAGGUGCUGGUCUCAUCCUACGACCGUCCAAAGGAAACAAGAGCACUCCGCCGUGUGUGCCAUAUUAUAGACAACAUUAAGAAAUACAGAGAGAGAUGUGAUUGACUGGAUGGGUAUUUCUAUAAAAUGAGGGUCUUUUCUACUUUUUUGAGGUAUUUAAAGGGAUAGUUAAGUCAAAAAUUAAAAAUUUGUCAUCUUUUACUCACAUUCAAGUUGUUCCAGACAUGGGUUGAUUUAAUUACCAAGAAGACAAUUUAUAGAUUUAAGAUAUUUUGAAGAAUGUUAGUGACCAAACAGUUGCCAUUGACUUCCACAGUAUUUUUUCCCCAGUGGCCAGCAUUUGGUUACUAACAUUGUUUAUCUUCUUUUGUUCUCAACAGAGUUGGUAACAACUUGAAGGUGAGUAAAUGGUCAUUGAAUUUUCAUUUAAUGCAUUUAGGUGUUCAUAAGUUGUAUGGCAAGCUUAAAUAAUGCAUUUUUAGUAAGUGUCAAGAUAUAAUAACAGCAUUGACUGACAGACGAUUAAGUUUUACCAUUUAAUUUAUAUAUAUAUAUAUAUAUAAAACAUUCUGCAGAUGAUAUUCAGUGCUCACACACUUUCAUUUUCUAUAACGUGCAGUAAAUGAUUAAACUGUUUGCACUACAAACCAGUGUGUUCAUAAUUAAGAUAAUAUAUUAAAAUAAUAUGGUGAGACACACUAAUUUGCAAUAUCAAAAAGCAAAAUGUGCUGUUUUGUACAGCUAAAAUAGCUGGACGUGCAUGAGAUCAAAAGCUGGACCCAUAUAAUUAACAAAUGGACGACCACGACUAAUGCAGAUAAAGGUUUUUAAGGUUUUGAGCUAUUUAUUGUGUUUAAGUGUUCAUAAAUAGCAAGCUUAAUUAAUACAUUUUAAUAAGCACAGACAUUUUACAAGCCUUAUGCUACAAAUAUUCACUUUUUCAAUUAUCAGUAAUUUACUGUUAAAGUUCAGCAUUUGAUUAAUAAUUAUUCUUAAAUAUUCCAUAAUUCUUACUACCUUAACAUUUAUGGGAUAUUUAAUCACUUGAAAAAGGGGAAAAUAUAAUGCAUUGUUUAUUUUUUUAUUAAAACAAUGCAUAUAUUAUCUAUUAAUAUGUCAGGUAAU